AACAAAAAAUGGCUUGUGGUUGCGGUUGUGGAUGUGGCUGUGGAGGUGGCGGUUGCUGUGGCAACGGAUGCUGCUGUGAUUGUACCUGUUGCUGCGGUCGAUGGGGCCGAGGAUGCGGUGGAUGUGGACUUGAUAACUACGCCUACGAUGUUGGACCGGGAUGGCACGGAUGUGGUUACCAAGGUGGUCAUCCUUCAUGCUGUUGUUGUGCCGGAUGUGGGCAAGGAGGUCGUGGAGCCUUCUGGUAAACAAUGGAAAGGCAUUUUGUUCGCUAGUUUCUGCUUAAGUGGCGUCAAAUAA